AUGUUGCUUCUACUUUAUUGUAUCUUGUUGACUUAUAGUGCGGAGGGAAAAACCGACGGAAAACCGAUUAGUGAGAAGGAUUUGGACAAGAUUCGGCUGGAUCACAAGGGUUUUGAUAAGAUAAAAACAAUCCAUACGAAUUGGUAUGUCCACUCUAUGAAGGCUCUGAUCGCCCAACUCUCGAGGAAUUUGCUCCCGAAACUUAACGAUGAUUUAAAAAACGAAUUCGUUGACUGCUUGGAGAAAAUUCACGACAAAAAAGAUCUCGUGGAGUCAUCGAAAUGUGUGAUGAGAGCUCGUGAACAAUACAAAACUCUGCAGAAGUGGAAGCCAGCGACCGCAAAGUCUCCCAUGGCAUUCCGAGUCGGAAAAGAAGAGAUCAAGGCGGAAAUCCAACGAAGAAAGAAGAUAAGAAUGGAGUCGAAGCAAGUGGUGAAGACAGCGGUCAAGAUUCAAAAACUGGAAUCAUCGAAAAAAGAAUUCCAGUACAAGACUUCAGAAGCCAUAGAGAACAAAAGAAAUGAUUUGAAAAUUGCCGCCAGAAAACAGAAACUCCAGAAACUCAAGAAACUUCGUAGAAUUUCCACUAAUGAUGACGUCAUGAGCCAGAAAAUGAAGACGUGGAAAAACGAGAGAAGAAUUGAACUCUGCAGGAAUAAGUUAUCGUGCAAUAAAGGAAAAACCAGCGAUUUGAUAAUAGAGUUCAAGAAAAAAUGGAGACACCAAAGAUCUCGAAGUUUCCGAACGAAACGAAGUUUGACACGACUCGUCGUGGAUUCCGUAUCGAAAUCCGAUGGAAAUGAGAACGGAUUUUUUGUGAAGAAUAUGGAUCAAAUGCCGAGUUUGAAGACCCAAUCGUCAAAGUCGCCGGUGGAGAGAGUGACCAAGUUGUUGAGGACGCUUCUCUUUAGGAAUCAGACUGAUUCGGAUCCAACAUGGGCGGACACCUACAAAGCGCUGAUCAACUUAAAAAAGAAAAUGGACGAGAAGGAGAAAGAGUCGGGAGCCCGUGUGUACAACGAACGGAUGUACGAUUUGGUGUUGGAUAUGCCACAGAAGGAUCACGAUUUUUCAAUGUUUGAUAAAAAAAAAAUGCCAGGACUCGUACGGCACGCGUUCGAUCUGAUGUCCACUAUCGAGGGGAAUAGUAAGAAGAAGGGAGACUCGAAUAUCAAAUUUUUGAGCCCUCGUUUCGCCUCUGUUAUGCCUGACAAGAACGAAAAUCGUGGUCGCCUGUCGCCAUCAAUUCUCUCAUUCUACAAUGACGAGUCGGAAGAUCAAAUACUCCCGCUUCCGAAGAUGCUCGACGCCACUGGAAUGCGUGGCAAGGAUCGGGACAGUAUCAUUGAGCUAGUCAUGGAAGUUUCUGGAGUCAAGGGCAUUGUUCAUGACGCUAUGAAAAUGUUGAAGUCGACGGAGAUGCCUGAACUGGACCUGGCAAUGGAUAACAACGCCAAGAAGUCUCUGCAAAUGGUUCAAGACAUUCAAAAGUCGUAUAAUAGGAAGCAAAAGAAGGAAAUGAGGAAUAGCGGGUUCACGUUGAUGAAUCCGUUGCAGAUGGAGAAAUUGAUGUCAGAGCAAGGGAUUCUCGGCAGAGAUGAUAUAUUCAAUUUGAAGGAAUAUGCAUUGAUGACGAUUGGACAGAGGAAGGAGAUGGUGUGGGAUAUGGUUAGAGGAAUAGCGUUUGGGUUGACAGAUGCGCAAGCCCCUCCUCAAAUCUCACAAAACUCCACUCGUGUAAAACGUCAAGCAAACGGAGUUUGGGGACCACACAUCUUGGCUCCAACAGUCUUGUCUCCAAUUUUGUUCACACCGAUUUAUGGAUUAAAUGUGUUGGGUCCAACGGUGCUCUCGCCAGGUCUCUUCACUCCUCUGAUUCUCAACCCCGCCGUCCUCUCCCCCUACGUCUUCUCCCCAACCGUCGGAAUCCCCUUCAUCCUUUCCCCAUACUUAUUAUCCCCAUAUGUCUUCUCCCCUCUAGUUAUGGCUCCAUUCAUCCUCAACCCUUAUGUCUUAUCACCCAACGUCUUUAACCCUUACGUAUUGUCCCCACUGAUCCUCUCGCCACUAGUCAUUUGUCCGGAUGUGGUAUCCCCGAUGACACUCGGCGGAGCUAUACUGUCACCGGCAGUAUUGUCACCAUCCCUGCUAUCCAAGUCCUAUAUUAUGGCCAAUGUGUUGUCGCCAACGUUUUUGUCUUAA